GCUCAAAAAUCUCACUCUUUUCAGCCUUUUCUUCCACCUUCUCCACCCCAGACGCACUAAACUCCAAAGCCCCUCUCCUUUUCAGUCGCACUCCUCUGCAACUCCUCGUUGCAGAAAAAACACACGAAAGGACUAAAAACCUAACAAGAAGGGCCAAAAUAUCAAAAAAAAGCAGAGAUGGAGAUCCUUCUACUCGCACUCCUCCUACUCGCCACUCUCGCCUCCUCCUUGAACUCCGACGGCCUAUCUCUCCUCGCUCUCAAAUCCGCCAUCUCAUCCGACCCCACCCUCGCUCUCUCCACGUGGCAAGAAUCCGACCUCACGCCCUGCAAGUGGCCCGGCAUCACCUGCAUUUCCAGCCGUGUGAUCUCCAUCUCCCUCCCCAACAGUUCCCUCUCCGGCUAUAUCCCUUCUGAAAUCGGCUAUCUCAGCUCCCUCCGCCAUCUCUCUCUCCCGCACAACAACCUCUCGAAACCCAUUCCUCUUUCUCUCUUCAACGCCUCCUCUCUCGUCUCUCUUGAUCUUUCCCAAAAUGCACUCACCGGUCCCAUCCCUCCUCAGAUUAAAACCCUAAAAUCCCUAACCCAUCUCGAUCUUUCUUCCAACCUCCUCAACGGCAGCCUCCCCGCAGCUAUCGCCGAUCUCCCAAAUCUCUCUGGCACCGUCAAUCUCUCCUACAACCUGUUCUCCGGCCGUGUGCCAAAAUCUUUCGGGAAGCUGCCGGUUUCCGUCAGCUUAGACCUCCAGCACAACAAUCUCAGCGGCGAGAUCCCUCAGGUCGGGUCGCUAGUGAAUCAAGGCCCGACGGCCUUCUCUGGAAACCCGAAUCUCUGCGGGUUUCCGCUGCGGAUUCCGUGCCCGAACACUGAAAUCCCCCAAACCCCUGAAAUCCCCAGAAACCCAAAUCCCAGUCUCUCUAUUCUUCCACCGCCGUUGCCGCCGGCACCGAGCGGGAAGGUAGCGGGGCGUGGAAUAUCGGUUCCGAUACUCUCUGGAGUGCUUUUCGUCGUCGGGGCCGUCUCGGUUUUAGUGUGGUUUGUUCGGAGAAAAUGUGGGUCCGGGGAGGGUAAAAUGGGGAAAGGGAAAAGUGGGGAGGGUAAGGAGGAGGGACAGAAGGGGGAUUUUUUCGUGGUGGAUGAUGAUGGAGGGUUUGGAUUGGAGCUGGAGGAGCUGCUGAGAGCAUCGGCGUAUGUUGUGGGGAAGAGUCGUAAUGGUAUCGUGUAUAAGGUGGUGUUGGGGAGGGGAGUUUCGGUAGCGGUGAGGAGGUUGAGUGAGGGCUUUUGGAGGUUUAAGGAGUUCGAGUCGGAGGUGGAAGCGAUUGGGAGAGUGCGGCAUCCGAAUAUCGUGCGCCUGAGGGCGUACUACUACGCGAGCGAUGAGAAGCUCCUCGUGUCGGAUUUCAUCUCCAAUGGCAGCUUGCGUGCCGCUCUGCACGGUGGGCCUUUGAGCUCAUCAUCGUCACCUCUAUCAUGGGCUGCCAGGUUGAAGAUUGCCCAAGGUGCCGCGAGAGGUCUAGCUCACAUCCAUGAUUGCAGCCCUCGAAAAUAUGUCCAUGGAAACAUAAAAUCAUCCAAAAUCCUUCUUGAUGAUGAUUUCCAAGCUUACAUAUCUGACUUUGGCCUCAACCGUCUCAUGGCCGGAAACUACAAUUCUUCUGACUCAAUGUCAAAGAAGCAAUCCUCAACCCGAGUGGUAGUUUCCAGUAUACCAGCAAAGAUACCGACCUCACCUUCCGCCUAUUACUUGGCUCCAGAGGCCCGAAUCUCUGGCAGUAGGCUAACACAGAAAUGUGAUGUCUACUCCUUUGGCAUUGUGCUUUUGGAGAUCCUCACAGGACAGUCACCAAAUGCCAAGACGGCAUCCUCUGAUGAUGGUUUGGAGAGCUUUGUGAGGAAAGCUUUCCGAGAGGAACACCCCCUUUCAGAGAUUGUAGAUCCCUUGCUCCUGCACGAGGUUUAUGCAAAGAAACAAGUGCUUGCUUCGUUCCACAUUGCACUUGGGUGCACGGAGAUGGACCCAGAGUUGCGGCCUAGGAUGAGAUCCAUCUCUGAGAGCCUUGAUCGGAUCGGAUGUCAUUGAUUUUGUAAUAUAAACUGUGUUUUGUUCUUCAUCUUUUUUUCUUUACUGACACUUGAGCUGAAUUUAGUUUCUUGGAACUGGGAUGGAAGUUGUAUCUAUGCAUGGAUUGACGCAUUUGGGUGGA